UUUCAGUUGAAUGGGUGUUGUGCUAGAUAAAGACAUAUCCUAGAGAUUAUAUGUUGCUGAUAAAUUAGCCAAUAAUAAUGGCGGUUACUUUUUGGUUUCCUCUUAUAUUUAGCUAACUAGUUAGUCCCAUAUAUCCACAUUUCCAGCUAACUAACUUAGCUUAGUUAGCCAGUCGGAUUCUUAAUAAAACAAACCAUUGCUAAUUGUUCAACUCUUCAACUGUUGACUAACUGCAUGGCGGGGGUAACGCUACAGGGCACUGUCCUCCGAGGCGUAACAGAUGGCAACAUCCUAGACCCAGAGUACCAGCAGCGCCUGGAGGAUGCGCGCUCACUGCUCAGACAGGAGAUCCAGAGGGAGCUGAAGAUCAAGGAGGCAGCGGAGAGGCUCCGGCGAGCAGUCACCAGCCGUAAGAACGCGGCCGACGUGGAGGGCCAGCUGAAGGUCUCCAACCGCAAGCUGGAGAAGCUACACUGGGAGCUGCAGCAGCUGAACGCUCGGGCUGUGGCUUCCGAAAAGGAGACCCGGAUGGACGACCCCACCUCUCCUGACCCCUGUCGCUGGGAGGAGAGGACCACUCCACUGAUCAGCCGAAUCCACACUCUGAAAAAGCAGCUGGCCAUUGAGACCAAGGUGAAACAGGGAGCUGAGAACAUCAUCCAAACCUAUGCAAGCAGCUCGUCCAAGGAUCGCAAGAUGCUGUCCACAGCUCAGCAGAUGCUGCAGGACAGCCGCACGAAGAUCGAGCUGAUCCGCAUGCAGAUCAUCAAAGUCACGCAGGCGGGCGAGGGUGAGCGGGAGGAGAGCCCCGCUGAAGCCGCGCGUCCCGCUGAGACCAUCAGUCCCCUGGAGCUGAGGGUGGCGGAGCUGCGGCACCACCUCCGGAUCGAGGCGGCGGUGGCCGAGGGGGCCAAGAACGUGGUGAAGCAGCUGGGGGGCCGCAGGGUGCAGGACAGACGCGCGCUGGCCGAGGCCCAGGCCCGGCUGCAGGAGUCCUCUCAGAAGCUGGACCUGCUCCGCCUGUCCCUGGAGCAGCGGCUGAAAGAGUUGCCCCAGGACCACCCCAAACGGGCCGCCAUCAAGGAGGAGCUCUCCCUGGGCACCUCCCCCUCCCUGGGCUUCCAGCGCAACCGCCUGCGCUCCUCCUCGUCCUCCUCCUCCUUCCUCAAGCCUUCCUCCCUCACAGGCAGGCUGGAAGUCAGGAUGAUGGGCUGCCAGGACCUGCUGGAGUCUGUGCCAGGCCGUUGCCGGGUUACCGGAGUUUCCACGGCGCCUGGCAGCCCCUCGGAGGCCAAGUCCUUGAAGGUGCGGACUGGGCUGUCCGGUCGCAGCACCAACAGCAAGCUGGGCAAGCCAGAGGAGGUCUCUGUGGAGAUCAGCGCAGUGCUGAAGCUGGACAACAAGAUGGUGGGACGUACCAACUGGAGACCCCUGAGCAAUCAGGCGUGGGACCAGAACUUCAGUAUUGAACUGGAGCGGUCCCGGGAGCUGGAGAUUGGGGUGUACUGGAGGGACUGGAGGGCUCUCUGCGCCGUCAAGUUUCUGCGGCUCGAGGACUUCCUUGACAACGAGCGUCAUGGCAUGUGCCUGUAUCUGGAGCCCCAGGGCAUGCUAUUCGCCGAGGUGACCUUUGUCAACCCCGUCAUUGAGCGGCACCCAAAACUGCAGCGACAGAAGCGCAUUUUCCCAAAAGAGAAAGGGAAGGACUUCCUGCGGGCUGCUCAGAUGAACAUGAACUUCGCCACGUGGUGGCGCUUGAUGAUGAACAUGCUGCCCCCCUGCAGCUCCAUGACGGCCAUGAGCCCCCCUCUGUCAGGCUCCUCUGACCCCAAUGUCACCUCGCCCCCCUCACAGGAGAUGGCGGUGCUGACCCCCCCUCCGGGAGGAGACCAAGCUGUGAUCAAGCUGAACUUCAGCGACGAGCGACCAGUCAAGCCCCCACGCCUCAACAUGGGCAAAGCUACCCUGAACGUGCCCUCUUUAGCAGCCCCAGACGCACCUCUGGGACACAUGUCCUCCAAGACAAAUCGCACAGUGGAGAAGAAGGAUAAACAACCUUGGCCCACACCUACGGAGAAAGCAGGAGUACAAAUGGAGGAUUUCCACUGCGUCUCAGUCCUGGGAAGAGGGCACUUUGGAAAGGUCCUGCUUGCUGAAUUUAAAAAGACGGGAAAGCUGUACGCUAUAAAAGCCCUGAAGAAGGGAGACAUAGUGACCCGCGAUGAGGUGGACAGCCUUAUGUGUGAGAAGAGGAUUUUUGAGGCCAUCAACGCGGCGCGACACCCCUUCCUGGUGAACCUGCACGGCUGCUUCCAGACGGCCGAGCACGUGUGCUUCAUCAUGGAGUAUUCCCCCGGGGGCGACCUGAUGAUCCACAUCCACAACGACGUCUUCUCUGAGGCUCAGGCCAGGUUUUAUGCUGCCUGUGUUUUGCUGGGUCUGGAGUUCCUGCACCUGAACAAAAUAGUUUAUCGGGAUUUGAAGUUGGACAACUUGCUGAUGGAUGCUGAUGGCUAUGUGAAAAUUGCAGAUUUUGGGCUUUGCAAAGAAGGGAUGGGUCACGGUGACCGGACUUCCACAUUCUGCGGCACCCCGGAAUUCUUAGCUCCCGAAGUCCUGACCGACAACAACUACACCCGCGCCGUGGACUGGUGGGGGAUGGGCGUGCUCAUAUACGAGAUGCUGGUGGGAGAGUCUCCUUUCCCUGGUGAUGAUGAGGAGGAGGUGUUUGACAGCAUUGUGAAUGACGAAGUGCGAUAUCCCAGGUUUCUCUCACCAGAAUCCAUCUCCAUCAUCCAGAAGUUGCUGAGGAAGAACCCAGAGAGGAGGCUUGGAGCUGGGGAGCAGGACGCUGAAGAGGUUAAGAAGCAGAAAUUCUUUCAGCAGGGCAUCGACUGGGACGCCCUGCUGGCCAAAAAAAUCAAGCCCCCGUUCCUGCCCUCCAUCAAGGGGAGCGGAGACGUCAGCAACUUUGACGAGGAGUUCACGCGGCUGAAGCCCGUCCUGACUCCGCCGCAGACGCCCUGCUUCCUCACCGCCGAGCAGCAGCAGGUGUUUGCAGACUUUGAUUUCUCCAUGAUGCACUGACAUCCGCCUGCAUCCAGCACCAGUCCCCCAUCAAGCUCCAGGGGCCAUUCCGCCCCCGCGGCACAAUUCCAGCCCACCAGCCUCCCUGCCAUGCUUCCCUCUGCAAUAGGUUCCCAUCGACUGAGUGUCGCCGUUAAAGAACGAGACCAGGUUUCUUCUCUCGGCUGGAGUGAACUGGAGCAGCUGAUGCUGUGACUCUGCCGGUCACUGGGGUCAUGCAUUACUUUGCCUUCCCGGUGUGGGGCUUUGGUUGUCACUGUGAACCAUCUAUUGCUCUGCUCUGUGGCUCAUUAAUCUUUUUUUUGUGGAUUUAAGUGUUUUUUUUAAUGCACUUGCUUUUUUGUAUUCCUGGGGCCAGUGAUUGGAUGUAAUGCCUGCUGUCUUCAUCUAACAACUUGUUACGUGUUUGUGGAUUGGUUGGGAUUUGGGGGGGGGUACUGAUGAUUCAUGCUUGCUAGUGACUUUAGGUAUAGUACACACACCUAUGUACUUCCCCUUCAAACUUCCAUGUCUAAAUACUUUAUGCCACUGCAGCGAUUAUGUGUCGUGUCUUAAAUGUGUCUGUACAGUGAAAUCAUUGUGUCCCAAAACAAAAAGCCAGAAUGUGCCAAUAUACUCAGUGAGGAAAACAUUUUUAGCUUUUUCUUUCUCCCAAAGACCUCCUGGUAUUAUGAAAUUGUUCUCUAAAUAUGUAAAAAUGACUGUACUGUAUCCCCACACACCCUUACUAUUGCAAUUAGCCUAUGUGUGACUGGAUUGUUGAGAAGUGCCUCUGCUGUAGUAUAAGAAUGUGAAUAGUACAUUUGCAGAAGAAUGUUAGUUCUUUGACACUGCUAAAUUGCUGUGGGAACCAACACUAAAUCAGUGAAAGUAAUCAAAAGUCUGACCAAGACAAAUCUGUGAAACACACUUGGAUGAAAUGUAACAUCUGAUUACUUUUAAUGGCAUUUAACCGAUAGCUUUGUCUUAGCUCUUUUUUCUCUUCUGUAAGCGCUGCUUUGUGCUUCCUGGAAAAAGCUGUUAUUGCACUGUUCCAAAGUCAGCCAUUAGCUUGUGGAUCAUACUUUAUUGAACUGCCCCAUAUACCGAUAGUACCUGAAUGCAAUCACAACUGUCUUCCAAGACUUUAAGGUGACGAGGUUUUAAGUUCCACAGUGAAGCUACUGUAUGUGAAGUUUUGUGUUCCUUUGAAAUCACUUGAAAAUGUUUCUGCCAAUGAAGUAUGCUGUGGUGUAUGUAUAUGUAUGUGAUUUACUACUGAAUUAUAAUUUAUACUGUGAAAGAGGGAAAAAAAAAACAUGCCAUUAUAAUUGUAGGUGAGAUUGUUUUAUUCUGUCCCUUCUGUCUACAUAUGAAAAAUAUUAAUAAAUAUCUUUCUCACUAAAGUU